AACAGCACAGCGGACAGGCAGCACCGGCCAGCCUCCCGGUUCACAUCGCAACACACCGCGUCCUGGAGGGGAAUGGGGGGCACCAAGCCCGCCUGCUGACUACCUAGAUUUCUCUAGAAGCGGUGAAGGGUCACGGCCAGCGGUCCGUAAAGAUGGUAUCGUGGAUGAUUUCGAGGAUAGUUGUCCUCGCCUUUGGGACGCUCUACCCAGCAUACUCUUCAUACAAGGCUGUCAAAACGAAGAAUGUGAAGGAAUAUGUGAAGUGGAUGAUGUACUGGAUAGUGUUUGCGUUAUUCACUACAGCAGAAACAGCCACAGACCUGCUCCUAUCAUGGUUCCCGUUUUACUUUGAGCUAAAGAUUGCCUUUGUAAUCUGGCUCCUGUCCCCAUACACCAAAGGCUCCAGUGUCCUCUACCGCAAGUUUGUCCAUCCAACGCUGUCGAACAAAGAGAAAGAGAUAGAUGAGUACAUAGCGCAGGCCAAAGACAGGAGUUAUGAGACCAUGAUGAGGUUUGGAAAGAGGGGUCUCAACCUGGCUGCUAAUGCUGCUGUCACUGCGGCCACCAAGGGGCAGGGCGUGCUAUCAGACAAGCUGCGGAGUUUCAGCAUGCAGGACCUGACUCUCAUCAACGCCGAUGACGAUCUGUCCCUGCACACAGAUGUCCGCAUGAGACGGGAAACCGUGGACGACAUGAGCUCAGGAGCCAGCACGCUGCCCCGGGCCAAGAGCACCGCCGCACGGCAGACCCGAUCUUUGGCAGCCACAUCACUUGCUGAUGAUGCGUCAUCACAACACGGCUCCGACCAAUCAGACACGCGGACUGAACACUCUGAUGAAGAUGUGGGAGACAAAGCCCCCAAACGUGCUGCGGCUGUCAAGACAACCAAGAAACCUGCUGCUGCUAAGACAGAGAUUCAAACUAAGACAGUGAAGAAGCCGGCCAAGAAAAAGACAACCACUACCAAUGCAGAGACGCCACCGUGAGGCCUGCUGUCCACAUCAACCGGCCUACACUCGCUCCAUAAACCAGUCUGCAGGCCCUUCUUCCUCCGUUUGGUCUCCACACAAACACAUAUACACUGUGUAUGUCUAUAAACAGUGUAUAUGUACAUGUAUAUCAAGCACUGAAAUUGUGUCACUCUUGCUGGCUUUUAGAGCAAAGAGCAGGUUUUAGCAGUAUGUGGGCGACCUUAAUUUUUUUUUUACACCUACUGCAUUUUUUUUCUUUCUUUAAUCUUUACUUACUGUGAGCUCAUCCCAGUCAGAGGUGUUUCUUAGAGGGUUUUUUUAGUCUGAUAAUUAAUUGUGAUGCUCCUUUUCCCCCCAGCACCUAUACAUAUAGGCCAUGUUGCAGUUUUUCAGUCUUUUCCCACAGUGUGACUUUCUCAAUUGAGCCUGUUUUUGGUUAAAGUGUCUCAGAUGCUGCAAGCUUAUUCUGCCUGAGUUUUUUUUCUUUUUACUGUGAAGUAACUUGAAAGCAUUGGCCGAUAGUUGUAGACAUCCUAAUUACUGUUUCAGACCAAAUAGUUCCCACGUUUGACUACAGCUCAGCUCCUAAUACCACCACCAUGUCCUAGCCCCUACAACUACCCAGUUUUACAGGAAGACUCGUGAUCAAACCUUUUUCUGUUCUCUCUUUUACCUUAAUUUUACCCCCUUUUUAGUGCAUCUUAAGCCUCACAGCUUGUGGAAGAGUCUAGCUUCCCCUCAGUAAGUCUGUAUACCUCUGAGUGAGUCUAGCUCUGCUAAGUUCAGGUCUCACUUACAGCGACUGUCCUCCUCACUGCUUCAAUGUGACUUUGAUGCCAUGUGCAGUCCUGGUGAUGGAGUGGUUUGUUUAGUGUCGGCUGGCUGAGUUAUUCCUCAUCUAGGCUUCACGCUCUUAUUUAUUAUGCUUCUGUUUUAUCCAGUUCUUUUGGUCAUGUGGUAUUAGUAAUACAUUUGAGUUGUGCAUAAGGCAAUGCUGUAACUUCCAAUAAAUACAGUAGUCAUAGAAGAGUUGCAGAUGUUUGUGAGUAACAUAUCUGCUUUCACCACAGUAGUGAUGUCUGUAUAUUGUUUGUGUUCAACAUUAGAGAAUCAUGGGGUGGCUCUGCACUUUCUCACUCCUUUCACCCAGCUGUGUGGUGACACGCUGCCUCUUUGUAAUAUUUAUAUAUCACAGAAGCCAGGAUAAAGCAAAGCAAUAUGGAAAUAAUUAAACCAAAACCAACAUCAGGAAGACUGUGAGGAAUUAUUUUCUCAUCCCCAUGCUGUUGUUCCAGAUGUGGACACACUUGAUACACUUUUGUUCUGGGAUGGGCUCUUCUGGUUGCCACUGCAUUGGGCGUGGCUUCUUUGUGUGCUCCAUUGAGAGAUUUAAAAGCAUGAGACUUCUUCUGCACUCAUUACUGCUGUCUGAAGUGUGACGAGUUUGGACCAGAAGGGGGAGACAAACUCCACUAAACAAUAUGUAAACACUGUAAAUAGUAACCUUGACUGUAUAUAUAGUAUGAGCUUGCUUGCCUUAUUCAUUGUCUGGGCUUAAAUCCAAUUUUAAUCAUUUGUGUGCUUUUUAAAAAAAUUCUUAGUCUUGAUAAAUCUUAUGUUCUGAAACCGGAAGAGGCUCAGACUUGACCAAUAUGGACUUCCGGUGUCACAAGAAGUGAUCUUUGUAUUUUUAACAUGUCUGCUUUUCUUUUUCUGUCUUUUCUCGUUAAUUUGAACUCCACAUUAAAGUAGGGAAUCUCCAGACUGAGUUUAAACUGCUGUAUGUACAUUCAUGUUCUGCUAUGUACUAUACUCAGACUGGUUAUAAAUUAUUUUAAGGCCAAAAGUUGAAAAUUACCUGUAUUUGUUUUCUUUCUUGCUAAUUUAAUAUUUGCAAUGAAUAAAAGGAAGACUGCACAUAAUUGAAAUAUUUUUUUUCUGAUGAUACAACCCUACAUUUUGUCGUGUGUUCAUGCCAUUUUUGGAUAUUUAUUGUUUUCUCUGAUUUAAAUCAGAAUCGUAUACAGGGACAUUCAUUUGUAUAUUGUUUGUGCCAAUUCUCAGAGCUCCAUGAAAAGAUUACAGUGUGUGUGCUGGGACAUUGGUAUCGAACAAGGUCAUGUAUCAGUAAUAAAAAUACUAAUAAAGGAAAUCAAAUGAG